CCAUUCAGCCAUCGUGAGAUUUCUGUGUAUUGAGCGCUCGUUAGAACGGUCGAAAUGUCUGUAAACGGGUCUUUCCAGGCACAACUUUCUUCAAUUAUGGAGACGCUGACGACAUCUGCCGUUGCAGAGAUUACAAAACUGGUCGAUUACAGUUCUGCCCUUCUAUUCUCGGAGAUAUCCCGACAACGGGGAGAGAACGAUGCUCUUCGGAAGGCAUUGCACUGUAUGCAAAUCGAGUUCAGGACCGAGAGACCAAAGCGGCGCAACCCUUCUGUUGACAUAUCUUUAGAAGUUCAGCUUUGCGACGAGAUCCAGAAUAAUAAAGCGGUGGGGGACCAGUGGUUUCCGGACAAGCAGUUGGCUGUGAGUGAGAGGCACGAAGUGGGAGAAACCAGUGCACCGCAGCGCAGCACAGUGAAGGAGGAGUGUCCUGAUGUGAAACAGAUCAUUUUACAAACAGACCCUGAAGGUGAGGACAGGCCGGAGGAGGUUGUGGAGACUAGUCACCUGGACAGGCCGGAGGAGGUUGUGGAGACUAGUCACCUGGACAGGCCGGAGGAGGUUGUGGAGGCUAGUCACCUGGAGGAAGUAGAGCACAUCAGUGGAGAAGAAAAUGGUUGCCUGUCCCUAGAAAAUGAUUUCCAGGCCAUGGACGAGAACCAGUCGGAGGCGCACCACAGCUCCACCGCAGAGCCCGAGGAAGAAGACACCAGCCAAGGCUUCAGCCAGGAGCUGGAGAUGUGGGUCAAGUCUGAGCCGGGAUCGGAGAGCGACACGGUCAGCUUCACCCCCAGUGACGCAGAAAACAAGAUAGUCGACCACCUCACGGCCAGGGAAAUGCACGCCUGUUCGUACUGCAACAAACUCUUCAACUACUGUAGCCAACUGAUAAUCCACGAGCGGGUUCACACGAGGGAGAGGCCGUUCGUCUGCAAACAGUGCGGCAAGGGUUUCUCCCAGAUCAACAACCUCAAGAAACACCAGCUCUCUCACAGGGGGAGGGAGGGUGAGCACGAGUGUGAGGAGUGUGGCAAGGCGUUCCGUCACGCUCAGAGUCUGAAGAAUCAUAUGGCAGCCGCUCACGGCUUCGGCACGAGGUUGGACUGCGAGACGUGCGGCAAGACGUUUUACAAUAAGAGCGCUCUCAUCGCACACUCGACCAGUCACAGCAGGGCUUUCGGCUGCGAGAUAUGCGGGAAGGCUUUCGGUACGAAGCAGACUCUUAAGACCCACCGGUUUACUCACACGGGGGAGCGUCCGUUCAUCUGCAACUACUGCGGCAAGAGCUUUGCCUACCUCUGUAACCUUAAAACUCACGAGAGGGUUCACACUGGGGAGAAGCCCUUUGGCUGUGAGCGGUGUGGCAGGUGUUUCACUCAGAAACACUGCGUGGAGAAACACCUGUGUAAAGCUUAAGGAGCUAUAGAUAUACAAAGUAACUGCAGCAAACUACCGUUGGCACAAAAUGUUCCAUGGCCGUAACAUUCUAAUCUGCAUUCUGACGAGGAUGUUGUGGUCUUGUAGCCUGGGUACCAGUGUGUUCAGCUAACGUUCCACUCUUUGUGUCAUGUGCCAUAGAGACUGGCCUUUCUUCAAUCUCAGCGUUCAAUAUGCAGCUGGAUUUUGCGAGGAGUUGCUAAUUGGUUGUUGGAAAUAACGUGAUUGUUUGGCAGAGUACAAGGAGGGGUAUGUUAGCUAAACAGACUGGUACGCAGGCUAGUGGUCUUGUGCCAUCAUGGGGGAAAUUCUAAACCUAAAACCAAGUUUGUUGAAUUCUGCGUACUCUAUUGCUAUGUUGAGGAGACUUAAGUGUCUCAAGUAAAGUGUCUACAUGUGUGUGGCACAGAUUGACCUGUGCAUACAUUUAUUAUUUUUUAAAUAAUAUCACAUUGUUAUUUUAGGUAAUUUUAUCACUGUUUAGUUCAAUUUUAGCUGACAUUUAAUUUUUAAGAUUACAAAGUACAUCGACAGUGACUACUACAACUUCUAUCAUUACUGUGGCUGUAACAACAGUGGGAGGGGGUUGACACACCAAGCUUCUAAAUCAAAUCACCCCUUCACAUUCUGAUUGGACAGAAAUAGAUCUCCCCCUGUUUAGUUAAGUUUCUCUCAAAGUUUAUUGGUUGUCACUAGCUUCCACAGCCACAAUGUCAUAAACCCUGCCUGUUUCUACAAUGUAUCUUCUUAAAGUUAGAUUUGAAACCUAACCAAACUGCUAACCUUAUGCCUAACCCUAACCUUAACA